AUGUCAGACACACUUUUGAAACGUUCGUCUGCAGAUGACUUUGAUUGGCCUGCAACCAUCUUUCUCUAUGUCGUACUCAUCAUCAUGGGUGUGGGUAUGUGCUUUUGUCUGAGACGAGCCAACCGUCUUAUACCCAAUAGAUUCAGCUUCCCGUUAGUGGAUAGAGGUUCAAGAAGAGAAAGAGGAUUUCAUAAUUUGGGAGCAGAGGAAGAAGGAUUACUGAGCCAUUAUAGCGAUGUAGAAGAUGAAGAUGAUGCAGAAGUAAUUGAUAAUCAAAAUGCGCUUCGUAUAUCCAGUCGAUCCGAUGAUGAAGAUGAGGAGGAGGAGGAAGACUUUGGACAUUUGCAAGCCCAUGAUGCUACCGCUACUACUACUACUACUACUACUACUACUACUACUACUACAGCUGCUAUUGAACCCGACAGUGAUGAUGAUAUUGAAUCUACAAACAAGGCGACACCUUACAAGGAUGAUGAACAUCACAAUCCACAAUAA